AUUGAACAGCUAGGUAGAUGAAUAGUUAGUUUCUUGCAUGUUCAUGAGUACCCUGUUAUUUUUGCUUAGUUAGCUCUCUCUCAUAUUGGCAUGUGUUCAUGAGCACCAUGUUAUUUAUGGACAAAAUAAGAACCAUAUGCAAGUUUCCUCUAUUGUUUAUGCCGGUUCAGAAUCAAAACUAGCAUUGCACUUCAUUGAGAGCCAACCUAUAGUUUUUUUUUUUGAAAUAAAGGGAGAGCCAACCUAUAGUUAUGCAUAACCUGAGUGAAAGACUAAGUCAAACAGAGGAACUUAAGAUCGAGCUCACCAUAGAAUUAGUCAUGGGUUGGUGGUGUGGCUGAAGUGAGUUCGUUUGCAAUUAGUUAAUUCAAAAUCUCCACCCAAUAAAUGAAUACUAAACAAUAUUCUCACUGGAAUUUAGCCAUUUCCUUUACAUCUCUGAGUCACCAAACCAGUAUUUUUCGUACCAAAAAGUCUAGCUUCUAAUCAACUGGUCAAUUAGAGAAAAAGGAAACUUCGGAAAAGGAUCUAUGAGGCCUUGAUAAAAUAUAGAAAUUUGGACAGCCGCCGGUAGGCCUCAACUUUUUUCUGUCUAUUAAGAGUCUUAUCCACCAGCAAACAGUGUGCUGCUGCUGCAUAACCAUUUUCCAUGGCAAAGAAACCGGUGAAAUACUCUGUGGUGGAUGCUUUCACCGACUCAGCUUUCAAGGGGAAUCCAGCAGCAGUUUGCUUGCUAGAGGAAGACAGAGAUGAUCAAUGGAUGCAAGCUCUGGCCGCGGAGUUCAAUCUCUCUGAGACAUGUUACUUGACUCGCCUCAAUGGCUCGGGCCACUCGCCUUCUUUGACUUCCAGACCAAGGUUCAAACUCAGAUGGUUUACUCCUGUUGCAGAGGUUGAGCUUUGUGGUCAUGCAACAUUAGCGGCUGCUUAUACCCUGUUUAUGUCUGGUUUGAUUGAUUCCGACGUUAUAGAGUUUUCGACCUUGUCUGGAAUUCUAACAGCUAAAAAGGUUGUAGAUCAUGUUAAGGCAGCCAACGGUUCACAUUUAAAAAAUGGUGAAGCACAAGAUAACUAUUUUAUUGAACUGAAUUCUCCUUCUGACCCAUCUUCUGAAUUCAAUUCUGCCGAGGUUUCGUUUAUUUCCAAUGCCUUGGGGGGUGCUCCUGUUGUUGAAAUAAUGAGGACAGUUGCAGAUAAUCUCCUUGUGGUGCUUCCAUCUGGAAAGACUGUUGCAGAUUUGUUGCCACAGUUUGAUGCAAUCGAAAAAUGUCCAGGUACUGGAGUGACUGUAACAGGAGUUGCUCCGCCAGAGUCUGGAUUUGAUUUUAUCAGUAGAUUCUUCUGCCCGAAAUUCGGGAUCAGUGAGGAUGCUGUUACUGGGAGUGCACAUUGUGGCUUAGCACCAUACUGGUGCAAGAAACUGGGAAAGUGUGAUGUUGUUGCAUAUCAGGCAUCACCUAGAGGGGGAACACUAUACAUUCAUCUGGAUGAGAAAAAUCAAAGGGUGCUACUCCGAGGGAAGGCGGUUACUGUGAUGGAAGGAACUGUUCUAGUUUGACCUCGUCUUUAAUUUUCCACUAUGCAAGUGAAAAACAUUUGAAAGAGAUAAAUCUAAUUGGUGGAAAGAUCCCCUUACAUUGAACAGAAAUUUACACCUUUCAUCAUAA